UAAGCAAUAGCCAAAUCCAACGUAAGAAAAUAAAGAGACAGGGCGGUGACCAAUGUAAAAUCAACUCCAAUCCUUUCCGGAGAAGAGAGUUAUAACAACAAGUUCAUGGAGGAACACCACUGCUGCUUUUACUCCAAGAUGCUCUCAAGAUUUAGCAUCAGUUCCUUCAUGCUUAGUUUGGUGAUUGUUCUAGUGGUCCGUGAACUAUAUGUUAUGUACCAGUGUGGCAAACCCUUUCCCAAAGGAGAUUCACGAUCGUUUACUACUCUUAUUGUUCUUGGUUCUGGGGGACACACGGCAGAGAUGUUGAGUCUCCUCUCUGUUUUGCGCAUGGACAGAUUCACCCCCAGGUUUUACAUCGCUGCAGCUACUGAUAACAUGAGUCUCCACAAAGCUCGUUCCUUUGAAGACUCUCUAGCUGACAAGCCUGCUGUUAAGGAAGACUCCUUACAGUUUACGCAAAUUUACCGGAGCCGAGAAGUUGGUCAGUCUUAUGUGACUUCUGUUUGGACUACCAUUCUUGCCACUGUUCACGCUCUCUGGCUAAUGAUCCGGAUCAGACCCCAAGUGAUUCUUUGUAAUGGUCCUGGGACAUGUAUUCCUCUCUGUGUGAUCGCUUUCUUGUUCAAGGUGGUGGGAAUCAGAUGGUCAUCGAUCUUUUAUGUUGAGAGUGUAGCAAGAGUUAAGAAGCUCUCGUUAAGUGGAUUGCUGCUUUACAGGUUAAGGCUAGCUGAUCAGUUCUUUGUUCAAUGGCCACAACUGCAAAACAAGUAUCCUCGGGCUCACUAUGUUGGUUGCCUGAUGUAAGCUUUGAUUUUGGGAACUAUUCUCAUUACAUAAAUUGCAUUACAACAACUUAGAAUAGCUACAAAGUUUACACCCUAUCUUUCACUACAGUGUUGAAAUACAUUUUUCGUAAUGCUACUCAUCUUUGGUUGCUCUGAACGCAAGUAUAAUCAAUGAAGUUUUGUAA